AUGUCACUUUCUAUACACAAUGCUGCUCUCCAAAACCAAGCAUCCCUUGUGCGAUCUUUGUUGAAUGCUGAACCCCAACUCUUGAAUGCCAAGGACGCAGAUGAGAGGACCGCGCUACACUGGGCAGCCUCUUCUGGGGCGAUAGAAAUUGCUCAAGAUCUAAUAGCUAAUAAAGCAACAAUCGACCCCAAAGAUAACUCGGGGUGGACCCCGUUGAUGAUAGCAGUUAGCGCUGGCCAUGAGAAUAUUGUUCAAGAACUCCUUGGUGCUGGUGCAGAUGUAAAUGUCACCAACGACAAAGGGUUGACACCAUUACAUUACGCUGCAUCCAAAGGAAGAGUGGAUGUUGGCAAGUUGUUGAUUGCUCGUGGAGCAGAUAUCAAUUCCAAGGAUAGAGCGGGUCAACACCCUUUACAUAGAGCUGCCUCCGCAGGACACGAUGCCUUUCUGUCGUUAUUACUCAACCCACCCGAAGGGCGACCAAAGACACGGCUUAACACUGGUGAUCGCCUUGGCAACACACCGCUCCAUCUAGCAUUUGAUUCUGCGCAUGCUGCCGCGGCAGUCGUUUUGAUCGAGGCCGGCGCAGAUAGAUCCCGACUAAAUUCUGAUGGCCAAGCGCCAGAAGAGAUCGACGGCGUAGGGGGACAAGAGCAAAAACGCGCUCGGGAAUACGUCAUUCAGAGAUGUGGUCCGGCUUGA